AUGUCGUCGAUAUCGACUUUGGAAGUAGCGUGGGAGAACAAAUCGUUGUGGCCGAGUAACUGGAGCGAAACAAAAUUCUGCUCUCGAGUUGCUUGGACGAAUAAACUCGAGUUCCUCAAGUGGAUACGAGAGGAGAAAAAGUGUGAAUGGGAUUCAGGGACGAUUCAUGUGGCCGCAAACCAAGGCAACCUGGAAAUGGUAAAGUAUUGCGUUGCAAAGAAGUGUCCUAUCGAUGCGUGGGCGUGUGCAGAAGCUGCCGGAAACGGUCAUCUCGAGGUACUCAAAUACUUACGCGAAGAAGCCAAAGCGCCGUGGGACGGUUGGAGCGUAUUCUUCGCACUCGAGAAAAACCACCCCGAAUGUGUACAAUACCUCUUCGACAACAACUGUCCUCUCCCAACCUAA